GGCACAAUACCAGUUUCCUUCCUGCUGGGUUUCUUCGUGUCUGGUGUCAUUGCCCGCUGGUACGAAAUGUACAUGUACAUACCCUGCUUGAACGGCAUUGCCUACUCUAUCAUGGCAACUAUAAACACAGGUGACGCGAAGGUCACGCAGAAAAUUCGGGUCUCCGUUAUGCGCUACAUGAAUCUGGCGUGGAUCUUGUUCAUGCGUGGGAUCAGCGAUCGGGUAGCGGUUCGCUUCAUACAGGUGGAGGAGGACGAGCAUCAUGAGACCGCCGCGAGGUGCUCCUGCUGCCAGACGACUAGGGAUGGCUGCUGUCCUUGCUGGAACACCUCGCGGGUGAGUUGA